AUGCAGGGAGGCAAUCGCUCCUCGGUGUCUGAAUUCAUCCUCAUUGGCUUCUCCACCUUCCCACACCAGCUGCUUCCUGCCUUCUUCUUGCUCUUCCUGCUGAUGUACCUGUUCACACUGCUGGGCAACCUGCUCAUCAUGGCCACUAUCUGGAGCGAGCGCAGCCUGCACACGCCCAUGUACCUCUUCCUGUGCACCCUCUCCAUCUCCGAGAUCCUCUACACCUUCACCAUCAUCCCGCGCAUGCUGGCCAACUUGUUCUCCUCACAGCACUCCAUCGCCUUCGUGGCCUGCACCAGUCAGUUGUUCUUCACCUUCACGUUCGGCUUCACCCACUCCUUCCUGCUCACCGUCAUGGGCUACGAUCGCUAUGUGGCCAUCUGCUAUCCCUUGCGCUACAACACGCUCAUGAGCCCCUGUGGCUGUGCCUGCCUGGUGACCUGGUCCUGGGCAGGUGGCUUAGUCAUCGGGCUGGUGGUGACAUUGGCCAUUUCCCACCUCACCUUCUGUGGCCCCCAUGAGGUCCACCAUUUUGCUUGCCACGUGCCACCCCUGUUGAUGUUGGCCUGUGGGGAUGAUGUGCCGGUUGUGGCCAUGGGCGUGGGUCUGGUGUGUAUCACAGCCCUGCUGGGAUGCUUUGUCCUCAUCCUCCUCUCCUAUGCCUUCAUCGUGGCCACCAUCUUGAGGAUCCCCUCGGCUGAGGGUCGGCGUAAAGCCUUCUCCACCUGCGCGUCCCACCUCACUGUGGUGGUUGUGCACUACGGCUUUGCCUCUGUCGUCUACCUCAAGCCCAAGGGCCCCCAGUCUCUGGAAGGAAACAUCCUCAUGGCCACCACCUACACCAUCCUCACUCCCUUCCUUAGUCCCAUCAUCUUCAGCCUCAGAAACACGGAGUUGAAGAACGCCAUGAAGAAGACCUUCCUCAGCAAACUGUGCCCUGAAAAAUUGUGA